ACGGCACAGCAGAUCACCAAGCGACACGCUCAUUUAUACAAUUCCCGUUAUCGCGGACGGGCCACCGACGCAUCCCGGUUGUCCCGCUAACGUAUCGCGUGCACCUGUCGUUGUCUCUCUACUACGCUGUUGUGUCCAUCCACCAUCAUUGUGUGGCCGAAUAUCACUAUCCGCACUAUCGUUGCACCAACAUCACUCCAUCCGGACAUUUGCGGCCUCCCGUCGUACGAUUGUUUCAUCGGCCGUGGCCGCUGCCAUGGAAGUAUCCGUGUCCGCCGCGCCAAUAGACUUUAGCGUUUCCGUCAAGCGAACGUCGCUCGACCGGUGCUCGUCGUCGUCUUCGUCGCCCACCGCGUCGGCCGCCGGUGCCGUCGGAUCGCCCCAACCGUUGCCGGCGGUACGGCCUCGUCCGCCGUCUGGACUGCUCGAAUACAUACAGCUUCAACACGGCACGGCCACCACCGGCGGAACGGCCGCCGACAACGACAACGGACAUCGUCGUCAUCAUUACCCACAGUAUCACCACCACGGCGGCGGUGGUGGAGGAGGAAGAGGAGAAGGAGGAGGCGGGAACAGUGCGUUUCAGCUGGUUACGCCGAAAUCAAACCACAACGAUUGUAUUAAGUUUGGCAUAAACCGGUUGGUUGGAAAGUACGACGACGGCCGCAGUACCAUUUAUGACAAUUCAAGGGUGAACAUCAUCAACAACAACAAUAACAUAACCAAGAGCUUGAACUAUCCCGCCGAGACGAUGCCAAAUGACGGAAGAGAGGAAGACGAAGACGACGAAGACGCCAACGGAACGGCGGACGCCAAGGUGACCAGCCGAUGUUCGGUGACAAAGAUUUGGUCACCGAUGAGGAGCUCGCCGUCACCAUCUACCUCGUCCGAGCCAUUAGACGUGGAGAGUCGACUGGCAUCGCCGGACAUCGACGUGGUCAGCAAGAGGACGCCGUCACCAAUAAUCAUCUCCUCUGCCUCUGCCGUCACCACGACCGUGAUCAAACCGUCGAUGGCCAAGAACUCGGAAGCUUUCAGCGUGAGCGCUCUGCUCAAGCCGGACGCGCCCCGUACCAGACAUCCGUACCACCAUCAACACGGUCAGCAUCACCACCACCAGCAAGCCACCGGAAUGGUCGACACGAUAUCCGUAACCCGGUCACUGCUGCAGCACCAUUACCCCUCGAUGCAGUUUCCGGACUUGAUCAAGGACACGCGAAAAGAUACGGUGCACUUGCUUCCUUCGGCGGCGGCGGCCAACACGCUGCUGCAAAAACACUUUUCCGGCUUCGGGUUCCAUCCACACUUCUAUUCGGCCGCCACUAACAUGUUAAACUCGUCCACAUCGCCCGACCACAACGGCGGCGACGCGCACGCCGACAGCAACCACAACUUCCUGACCAGUUCAUUGUACCUGAGCCUGGGCGCCGUUCAAGCAGCGGCCGCGGCCGCUUUUGUCCACCCGUUAUCCGGCGCAGGUAUGUCAGCCACUAAUCCGUUUCAUCCGUCUGGACAGCAGACGACGGUCGCAACUGGUUCCACCAUGUCACAUCCGUCCGCCGAGGACAUGAUGAAGUUGAGACAACAGUUUGGCGCACCGGCCGGCAACCAGCCGUUGGCUGCCUUGCCACCGCCGUCUUCGUCGUCGCCGUCUGACCCGGCCGGCCAUCUGCGACACCACCACAUGUUAAUGAGGGGAACAGUGUUUGGCGACGUUUACUCAUGCAUCAAGUGCGACAAGAUGUUCCCGACGUCUCACGGCCUGGAGGUGCACGCCCGACGGUCUCACAACGGUAAAAGACCAUUUUCCUGCGAACUGUGCAACAAGUCUUUCGGCGCCGAAAUCAGUCUCAACCAACACCGGUGGUUAUGCUGCCGACGGACAACCCACAACGUGGAAAAGCUGUUCGAGUGCAAGCAGUGUGGCAAAACGUUCAAGAGAUCGUCCACGCUGUCCACGCACCUGCUGAUCCACUCGGACACCAGACCGUAUCCGUGUCAGUUUUGCGGCAAACGUUUCCAUCAGAAGUCCGACAUGAAAAAGCACACUUACAUUCACACGGGUGAGAAACCUCACAAGUGUCAAGUGUGCGGCAAAGCAUUCAGCCAGUCGUCAAAUUUGAUCACACACAGCCGCAAGCACACCGGAUACAAGCCGUUUGCUUGCGACCUUUGUGGCAGGGCUUUUCAGCGGAAAGUCGAUCUGCGUCGACACAAGGAAACCCAACACACCGAUUUCCGACCCGGAAACCUCACUUAAGUUGUGCUUCCUCAGGUUCAACAACACUAUUGAAAACAUAAUAUAAUUUAUAACUAGAUUAAAUACUAUUAUAUUAUUUUGUAUCGCCUAGCAUAAUCGCUAUCUCGGCGGCUUGUUGUUAAGUGUAAGUUUUAUUAUUAGUUAAUUUUUUUCGAAAUACUUUAGAAAUUUAACCUAUAAUACCUCACAUUCAGGCGUGUAUCAAUUUGUUUGUUGGGAUGUAUUAAGAUUAAAACCGUACGGUAUUUAUUUGUAGGCACCGCCGUGUUUAUACGAUGAGUUUGGGCUAUUAAAAUAAAAUAUUAAAAUAUGUUCGCUAUAUGAUACCAUAUUUUUGGCUUUUAUGUGUUGAACGUUUUGAUUUUUUUUUUAAUAUAAAAUAUACUAUAAUGUACAUAUAGUUAUGUUAUUACUUAUUGGGUAUUUCAUUUUAAACAUCCGCAUCAACUUAACGCAUAUUACUGUGUUCUUUUUUUAAAUAAUUAUAUGAUAAAACCUUUUGUUUCUG